AUGGAUCUCAUUGGCAAGAUCUAUCCAGCCAGCAACCAGCAGCAUUGUUUCAUUAUUGUUGCUACAGACUACUUCACCAAAUGGGUGGAGGCCAAGCCAGUGAAAACCACAACAUCUCAAGACAUCAUCACCUUCAUAGAAGAACAGAUCAUACAAAGGUUUGGCAUUCCAGAAUCAAUCACAACUGAUAGGGCUAAUGGACAGGCAGAGUCAAGUAAUAAGGUGAUUAUCAAUAUCAUCAGAAAAAUGCUAGAGAAGAAUCCAAAGCAGUGGCAUGAGAAGUUGUCAGAAACUUUGUGGGCAUACAGAACUUCCAAAAGAGAGGCAACUGGGAUGACCCCCUAUGCUCUAACCUACGGCCAUGAUGCAAUUCUUCCCAUGGAGAUAGCAGUCCAGUCUCUUAGAAUUGCUCACCAGCACGGUCUCAUUGGGGAGGAUUACUCUCAAGCCAUGUUGCUGGAAUUGGAAGAAUUGGAUGCAAGCAGAAUUGACACCCUCAACAAACUCUUAGCAGGAAAACAGGCUGUAUCAAGGGCCUACAACAGAAGAGUCAGAAACAAAAGUUUUGAAGAGGGGGAGAUAGUCUGGAAGGCAAUUCUGCCCCUUGGAGCACACAUAGCUGGAUAUGGAAAAUGGUCACCUACGUGGGAAGGCCCUUUUAUAAUUAACCAAAUCCUCGGAAUGGGGGCAUACAGGUUGCAGGACCGAGAUGGAGUUGUUCAUUUUGCCCCAAUCAAUGGUAAAUGGUUAAAGAAGUUCUAUCCAACCAUGUGGGAUUCACAGGCUGUACAAACAGAUCCCGGGAUAGAAGAGGAACAAGCUUGA